UGUCAUUGUCAAUGUCAACAUUUCAUGUAAUGCGGUAAAUAAAUAAAAAGUUUUCUUUACUAAAAACAUCUGAUAAUUAAUUUUAAUUUUUAAAUCAUCUACUAAAGUGAUUUGAAUAUGGAGAAAACUAACAUUUGGAAGUUUAUAAAUGACUGUAAUGUAGUAGGUUACACGCUCAUUAUUCCGAGCGUUGCCGUUGGAAAUGUUGGACAACUGUCUUGUGACUUGCUAAUUUCGUCGUUGAAUAUGGUGAAAAUUGCGUCGAUAUAUAGCCCUGCACAGAUCCCUGUAAUUGGAUACGACCCCUACGAUCUCAAGUCCAACAGCCUCUCGACAUCUUGCGAUAUUUACAUAUCAGAUAUUCGAAAAUUAUUGGUUCUACAGUUAAGAGCACCCUUGGUACAUAAAUAUGCUAGCGGUUUCCUGAAAGACGUAGUGAGUACAUUUAGAGAAAAGCAAAUAACAGAUGUAAUUAUACUGACCAGCAGCUUUGCUCAUGAGAAGAAACACAUAUUAAGCUCGCCUUUUAGAUUUGUUGCGAGUGAAGGAAAUCCGCACACCCAAAAUGUAAGGAAAGCGAAUCUUGUUAAACACGAAGAAAAUACAGGUGAACCAAAAGUGUUUGGAGGAGGUUUUGCUAGUCUACUUUACAAAAUAUGCCUGGAGUAUAAGCUGCCAUGUCUGAUAUUGUAUAAAUAUUGUUCAGAAGGCGACAAUAUACCUGAUGCGUAUGACAUGGUUCAGAAUUUGUCAAAUGUUGUACCAAUAUUCGCAGAAAAUCAAGACUUGCUUACACAGUUAAAACAACCUGUUUCCUGGACAUUGUUGUUUGGUCGCCCACCACCUCAGGACAUUUAUUAAUAUACAUUUUGUAAUUUUUUUUUAAUAUUUUAAUAAAAGGGUAUUUGUUAAAAUGAUUUUUUUUAAUAUAGUGAUUAUAAUUUU